AUGGGGUUCAAAAGAUACCUGCACAAGGAACCUACACGCCCAAAAUUGGUAGAGAUUAGAUCAGCCAAAUGGUUUAUCAUCUUUACUGUUUCUUUUGCCGCGGCGACGGAUUAUUUUAUGUAUGGCCUGAUUGUGCCUGUUACACCAACGGCUUUGCAGCGCAGAGUUGGUGUCCCUGAAGAUGAGGCUUUAUACUCAGCGGCAACUCUAGCCUUUUCGCCUGUGGUGGGUUACUUGGCAGACCGAUUUGAAUCCCGUCGUUGGCCCCUUCUCUUCGGAUUAGUGGCACUGGCCGCUUCAACAGCAUUGUUGUGCGUGGGAACAAGUAUCGGUCUAUGGGUCGCGGGUCGAUUGUGUCAGGGUGCGGCUUCUGCCAUUGUGUGGACCGUGGGCAUCGCCUUGCUAGUGGACACUGUGGGCAAGGAUGGAUUUGGACAAGCAGUCGGAUACGUGUCGAUGGCACUGAGUAUGGGUACAGUGGCAGGCCCACUGCUAGGUGGUGUACUGUAUCAGCACGGCGGAUACUAUUCUGUCUUUGGACUCGCAUUCGGGUUGAUUGGCGUUGACAUCUUUCUUCGAGUGGUGUUGAUUGAGCAGAAGCAUGCUAUCCAGUGGCUUGCUCCGGAAAUGAGGCCACUGUCACCAGCCCGGGAGAAGGGCGAGGAAAGAGCAGCAAGCAAUGAUCGUGUCCCGGUCAUUGAUGCUCCGCCGAUCGACAAUAAAGAGACGCUGAAACGCUCCCGCCAUCCUUUGAGACAGGUCGCGGCCCUGUUGGGCUCACCCCGUCUCGUGAUCGCACUCUGGGGAUACUUUAUUGUAUCUCUGGUUUUGACAUCAUUCGACAGCGUCCUCCCUAUCUUCGUCGAGAACACCUUUGGCUGGCAACAAACUGGCCAAGGACUGAUCUUCUUUGCGAUUAUGCUUCCUCACCUCAUCGACCCCAUAACCGGAAUGGUGAUUGACCGAUACCCCAAAUCGCCUCGCUAUAUUGUAUCGGGUGCAUUUCUCUGUGCCGUUCCAGUAUCAGUGCUUCUGAGACUCGUGACAGAUAAUUCCAUGCAUGACAAAGUUGUGCUUUGUGCGUUGUUAGCGCUGUUGGGUCUAUGCAUUGCUGUUUCAAUGACCCCGCUUGCAGCUGAAGUCUUUUACUCAGUUAAUGAAAAAGAGACUGAGUCCCCCGAUAGCUUUGGUCGGGGAGGUGCAAUGGCUUUGGCCUUUGGAUUGACGAAUAUGAGCUUCGCAGCGGGUAACUUGAUCGGGCCCUUUUUUGCUGGAUUUAUCCGCCAAAGUGCUGGUUGGGGCACUAUGGGAUGGGCUAUGGGCUUGAUUACGGGAGUUUCUUCCGUUCCAGUGUUGCUUUUCAUGGGUGGUUGGAUCCUGAGAAAGCCUGUCGUUGCCAUUGAUGACCAAGAAGGCUCGGGGUGA